GCCAAUAGAACCCUACCUCCCAUAAAGUCGAUUUUUGUUCAAGAAUGAAUCAAUCCGAACUGUUUGACUUAAAUAACUUAACUAAUUUCUUGAUUUCCAUCAUUUUGAAUUUACGUUCAAUUUACGUAAUUUCUUGAUUUCCAUCAUUUUGAAUUUACGUUCAAUUUACGUAAUUUAUUUAUUUAACUAAUUUCUUGAUUUCCAUCAUUUUGAAUUUACGUAAUUUAUUUACUUAAAUAAAAAAAAAUUUCUGAUCUGUAUCUGUAGUGGACCUAUUAGCUUAGUAUGAUUUGAAUCGAGACGAAGUUCUGACCAUCUGUCAGAGAAAAAAAGACCGAUUGGCUCUGUAUCAAUGGAAUCUCAUCAUCCAUUAUAACGAAUUGGUGUGGUAAAUUCAAAUUUAAAUAUAUGAACAGUAAAUAAAACUAGUAUUCGUAUUGAGACUAGAACUCAUAGGGAAGAAAAUAGAUUUAUGAAUGGAAUAAAAAAUGCAAUAUUUACAGACAAAAGUAUUCGGUUAUUGGGAAAAAAUCAAUAUACUUUUAAUGUCGAAUCAGGAUCAACUAGGACAGAAAUAAAACAUUGGGUCGAACUCUUUUUUGGUGUCAAGGUAAUAGCUAUGAAUAGUCAUCGACUCCCAAUAAAGGGUAGAAGAAUGCGACCUAUUAUGGGACAUAGACCGCAUUACAAACGUAUGAUCAUUACGCUUCAACCGGGUUAUUCUAUUCUACCUCUUAGAAAAGAACUUAAAUAAAAAUACACUUAAUAGCAUGGCGAUACAUUUAUACAAAACUUCUAUCCCGAGCACCCGCACACGAAAUCGUUUGAUUUAUGGACAGCAUCAUUGUGGUAAAGGCCGUAAUGCCAGAGGAAUCAUUACCGCAGGGCAUAGAGGGGGAGGUCAUAAGCGUCUAUACCGUAAAAUUGAUUUUCGACGUAAUGAAAAAGACAUAUAUGGUCGAAUCGUAACUAUCGAAUACGACCCUAAUAGAAAUGCACACAUUUGUCUCAUACACUAUGGGGAUGGUGAGAAAAGAUAUAUUUUACACCCCAGAGGGGCUAUAAUUGGAGAUACCAUUGUUUAUGGUACAGAAGUUCCUAUAAAAAUGGGAAAUGCCCUACCUUUGAGUGCUAUGCCCUUAGGCACGGCCAUACAUAACAUAGAAAUAACACUUGGAAAGGGUGGACAAUUAGCUAGAGCGGCUGGUGCUGUAGCGAAACUGAUUGCAAAAGAGGGGAAAUCGGCAACAUUAAAAUUACCUUCUGGAGAGGUCCGUUUGAUAUCAAAAAACUGCUCAGCAACAGUAGGACAAGUAGGGAAUGUUGGAGUAAACCAAAAAAGUUUGGGCAGAGCCGGAGCUAAACGUUGGUUAGGUAAGCGUCCUGUAGUAAGAGGAGUAGUUAUGAACCCUGUAGACCAUCCACAUGGUGGUGGUGAAGGGAGGGCCCCGAUUGGUAGAAAAAAACCCUCAACUCCUUGGGGUUAUCCUGCACUUGGAAGAAGAAGUAGAAAAAAAAAUAAAUAUAGUGAUAAUUUGAUUCUUCGUCGCCGUAGUAAAUAGUCUAGAGUAGAGAAAAUAGAAUUUGUUUCUUCGUCUUUACAAAAGAAAAGAGUGAUUUACUAUGACAUUAUAUGAUUUGAUUUUGUUUUUUUAGAGAUUAUAUAAUUUUAUUUUUUAAAAUAUAAGAGAAAAAAUUCACUUUUUUAGAAAUUAUAAGAGGAAUAAUUAACUAUGACACGUUCACGAAAAAAAAAUCCUUUUGUAGCAAAUCAUUUAUUAAAAAAAAUAAAUAAGCUUAACACAAAAGGAGAAAAAGAAAUAAUAAUAACUUGGUCCAGAACAUCUACCAUUAUACCUACAAUGAUUGGCCAUACCAUUGCUAUCCAUAAUGGAAAAGAGCAUUUACCUAUUUAUAUAACAGAUCGUAUGGUAGGCCAUAAGUUGGGAGAAUUUUCACCUACUCUAAACUUCCGGGGGUAUGCGAAAAAUGAUAAUAGAUCGAAUCGUUAACAUUAAUUUUAAGGUAAAUUUAGUAUACUAAUAGUCAUUAAUAAAUAAAUAUUAAUUAAUAAACUCAUUUCAUUUUUUCGUGAAAAUAUAACCUUAGGAGAAAGAAGAACCAAUACAUAGAAGUAUAAGCCUUUGGUCAAAAAAUAUUUGUGUCUAUUCACAAGACAAAGCGCGAAUCGUAAUUCAUAAUAUUUCUAUUUUUAAAGGGUUAUUAUAAUAGAAAUUAUGCUUUAUGGAGUUGAGCAUAUUAUUCUAUUUUUUUUUUUUGAAUUGCUUUAUUCUGCAGGAGAAAAUGCUAGUCACAAUAUAUAGUUCAACGAACUAAGUCAAUGAGUCAUAAAGAUAUAUAAUAUUUUUUAUAUAAAAAAAGUAAAAAAAAAGAUAUAGAUAAAAAAGUAGACAAAUAAGACGUAUUAUUUUAUAUAGAGUAGUGAGGAAUUAUGGGACAAAAAAUACAUCCGCUUGGUUUCAGACUUGGUACAACUCAAAAUCAUGAUUCUAUUUGGUUUGCACAACCAAGAAAUUAUUCCGAGAAUCUAAAAGAAGAUAAAAUAAUACGAGAUUGUAUCAAGAAUUAUAUACAAAAAACCCCCGGUGUCGAGGGAAUUGGACGAAUAAAGAUUAAAAAAACAAUCGAUCAGAUUCAAGUCAUAAUCUAUAUGGUACUUCCAACGUUAUUAACGGAGGGUAAGCCUCGAAGAAUCGAAGAAUUACAGACUAAUGUACAAAAAAAACUUAAUUGUGUGACGCGAAAAAUUAACAUUACAAGUACAAGAAUUCCAAAUGCUUAUAGCGACCCUAAUAUUCUUGCAGAAUUUAUAGCUGGACAAUUAAAGAAUAGAAUUUCGUUUAGGAAAGCAAUCAAAAAAGCUAUUGAAUUAGCUGAACAGGCAGGUACAAAAGGAGUUCAAGUACAAAUUGCGGGACGUAUCGACGGAAAAGAAAUUGCACGUGUCGAAUGGAUUAGAGAAGGUAGGGUUCCUCUACAAACCAUUCGAGCUAAAAUUGAUUAUUGUUCCUAUCCAGUUCGAACUAUUUAUGGGGUAUUAGGAAUCAAAGUUUGGAUAUUUCUAAACAACGACUAAUUUACUUUUCCUUAUUUUUAGCGUUCCAUCUUUUGAUAAAAGAAAAAAUGACGAAUUCUUAUUCCCAAAAAA